GGCCAUUUUCCUGCACUGCAUGCUGGGUACAGAGAUUUCAAGAUGGCGGUAUGUGUUGUGACCACAGCGUCAUCUUGGAAAGUAACCGUCAAAUAAUGCAAGAAACUCUUCGCUGUCUGAUUUUGGAUUACUUUUUUAGACUUUGACAAGCUAAACACAUCAGUGUGCCAUGGAUCCAAACCACUGGAGUAAUUAUAACCAGGCAUAUAGUCGCCUUGCUCCUGGCUCCCUAUCCACACCACAUUCAGCUUUCCCCCUCCUUGACCAGGCUGGCCUUAGUUCUAGUCUGGGUCUCCCUCACUCCCUACAACCACAUGCACCUUUACCUCAGCGGGCUCUGGGGACUCUACCAGCAGUCAACUAUGCUGCUGCUCACCACCCUGCCCUUCACACAAGUACCAUGACCCAGAUCAUGGAGUCCAUGUCUCCUCUGGCUGGAGGGUUCAAUCACCAGUCAUUGCAUAAGGGCAUGGGUCUGGGUCAGAACCCGCUGGUAUUUGAAUCAGUGCGAGCAGAUCAGCAGAUCCCUUCUUCUGGCGCCAGGUUUUCGUCAGCCUCUUCUGCAGUGUUCAGUCCAUCAAAGUCCUCAUUAUUUGCAGAGGACCAUGCCAUCAAAGAACCACCUCAUGCCUAUUCUUCCCCAUCGAUCAUGGCACAAAAUCCUUCCAUCGAUUCAAGUUCCAAAGGCUGGAGUUUGUCAAACUUCAUGCCCCCUCCUUCUAAUCCCUUUGGGGCCAUUUCAACCAUGGACCUUACUAGUGCACUGCCAAUUUCCACAGGCAGCCACCGUUCUUCCCAGCCCCCACCUGCCCACAGUUCAGCUUCACGCCACAACACAAUCCAGAGAAACCCCUUUUGUCCUGAUGGGAUCCUCAGUGAGGCAGCUUCUCGCUCGAGCAGGUCUGAAAUAACUCCUACAUCGUCAUCUUCACCUCAGGUACAUUCAAUGUAUGGAAUGAUGGGACUCAGUCGCCAGCACAGCCAUUCUACCCCGACGCCAACACCAAUCUCACAGCCGCAGAUGGAGUUCCAUAGCAUGCCCUCACAGGCAGAGAUAGAAGACCUGUCCUCUAGCUCCCAACCUCAGGCCCAGCUCUACUACUCCAGCACUACUUAUGGUUCCUCCACUCCCACCAACACCACUUCUUUUGCAGGAUCCCAGCUCUCAGCUGCUGACAUCAAUUAUGAUCCUGUCAGUCCAGCCACUCCUUUGUCAGAAAAUCAGACAGGGGACACCCCCUUUCCAUCAACAGUCUCAUUUGCGGAUCUGAGUGCUAUUGGUGCAGGUCAACAUCAUGGAGGAUCCAAGUCACGUGGUGACAGUGGAGUUCAUAGUGGGCUGUCUUUGUCAGAUCCAAAGGAGGUACCUCCACAUCUGCACUCACUGAUGAUGCCACAGCCAACCAACCGGCGUGGGAGUGCAAAAUCACAGGUCCAGCAACAGAUGAGUGGGAGUGUCAACAGUCCACACCAACACUCCCCCAUCAGUGUAGGUAGUCCUCAGACUCCCAUGUCUUCCAUAGGCAGCCCACAGAACGUGAUGCCAAGCUCGACCGUCAAACCAUCAGCACCGCCCAUUCAGGCCAUGGCUGACUCUUCUACUACCUCUACAAAACCAAAGAAGCCCCGGAGCCGUAAAAAGCCAAAGACUGAAAUUCUCAAAAACGUACCCCCUCCACCUUCAUCUUUCAGCACUGGCAAUACACCUGCAUUCCUUAGCUCCUCCCAAGGCUUCUCUAGCAGUGGCAACAGCUAUCAGCAGCAGUCACGAGCAGUGCCACAGUUUCAACCACCAGACAAUCAGACUCUAAUGCAAACACAGUUUGGUGGUUCCACCUCCUCUCCCUCCCCACAAGCUGUAAUGCGCAUGCGGAGUACUGGAAGCCUAGGGGAUGGCAUGGGGACAGAGGGUGGUCGCUACCAGGUGAUGUCUAGUGUUGGCAGCCAGCAGAUGUCGCCCAUCAGUGAUCAGUCACCACGUUCACAGCAGCAGAGCGUGGAGACACCUUCUCUCAUUACUCUGUCCAAUUCCAGCAUGUCUGCAGAGAGACCCCCGUCACAGUCUCCUCUUAAAGGCAUGUCAGCAUCAAAUGCUAAUGAUGCCUUGUUGAGUGGUAGCUAUCAAGAAGAUUCAGAACUGAUGGCUCAGCAAGGCAAUCAGUUUGACUUGCAAGCCUUCUCCUCUCAGCCCUACAUGGAACAGUUGGUGUCUGCACAACCUCCUCCUCCUCAUGUGCGCCUCAUUCCAGGUAAUGUAUAUUCAGAUGCUAUGCAUGUUGCUGCAGGCAUGCCGGUGUUUCCACCAACUGCUUACGCAAACUACCAGAGGCCUGCUGAGGGAUCUUCAACUAUAGAUGAGGCUGCAUUCUCUAGUCUGUUUGAUACAUCAGCUAGCAAUACAAAAGAAACACAGGGUGCUGGUGUGAUGGAGAACUCAUUGGUAGAGCUGGAACCACCUCAGCCAGUCCCAGUGUCAAAACCUGCUGCCACGUGCACUGCACCAAUUGAAGAAGAUGAUGAACUGUGCAAUUUUUCCAAGCCACCUCCAGAUCCUGAUGGGGAAAAAUUGAAGUGUAUUUUAAGAGGUAAUUUUGGAGCUGGUAGUGGAAUGGGAUCUGGCAACAGUGAGCCGUCGAUGGAAAUCAAGAUUAAUCGUCCUCCAGUCAAACAGACUCCAGGAUUUCAAGACUCUUUCCUUAAUUUCCUGAUGGGGAAGAAACAGGAGACGCUCUCCAGUGUUACCAGUGCCACUAUAGGGGAAAAACCUCAGCUGCCAAAAUAUAUUCCUGAGCCACGACGACCACCACCUCCACCAGCCAGUCAGGAUUCAACAGCACACUCUACCCCCAUCUCUUUUUCUGAUGAUGAUGUAGAAGACAGCAGUUCUAACACUGGUACUGCAGCUGCUGUUAAGCAUGCAUUGUCCAAUCUCAGCCAAGAGUCUGACGAGUCAGAGGACUCGGAUGUGCCGGAGACAGGCUAUUCUGUGCAGCGCACUAAGGAUUUGACUGUGAAAAUUACAUUGCAGAAUACACUCAAACGGCAACACAAAUCACGGGGCCGUCCCCGUGGACGUGGUGGGGGUGCAGGAAGGGGAAGGGGUGCAGAAAACAGUUCAGGCAAGACUAAGUCAGGAGUGCGGGAGCCAACUCCCCCAACCCCUCGUGAAUCCAUAGGACGAAGAGCUAAAGAGGCAGCCAAAGAAAAAGCAUCAAAAAAGAAAAAGCUACACCAAGAUUCAGAUUCCAGUUCAGAAGAAGAAGAAGAAGAAGUGCCGGAAAAAGUGCCUCGACCAGGAAAAGGGCGAGCACGUAGUCCAGGAAGUGGCAGUGAGUCCACCUAUGACUCGGACAAGGAUCCAGUCUGGACACCUUUUGCAGAGGAAGGACCGAAACGACCGCCCAUGUUUGUAAUUGACAGUCCCGUGCCUCAGAUUGAGGUUCGUCCUAAAAGAGGAAAGUCAAAAGCAAAAAGGGGACAGCGUGGUACAAGGGGCGGUAGGCAGAGCAGUGAAUCUUUUGGUGAAGCAGAAGCAAGUCCUCCAGCAAAAGUUGCCCGACAUGAUAGUAGUGUUGCCAAUGGAGCCAGUCGAUCAGAGACUGCUGAUGUAGCUGAAGAUGAGACAGAAGAGGUGGUUGAUGAGAAUUUUCAGGCUGGACGAUUCAUUCUAGAGAAGAAAGAUCUGCAUAACUAUGAGAGUUAUCCAGUUUGGCGGCUUGAACAGGCUCGCAUGAUACGCAAGUUUGAGAUGUUUAUCGAUGAUGGCCGGGUUUUACACAAAGCUGUGUCCACCUACUCAUCUUGGGUGCCAACAAUGCGAGCACAGUUUGUGCCUAUCCGUGUGCUUGUCAUAUCAACACGACCCAAUUCUGAAAUUGUCGAAGUGUUGGAGGAAUAUAGGCCCAAACCACCAGCUGAUGGCAGCCUAGAAGUGCAGUAUGAAGAUGAUCCACUGGUGGACCAUUUCAAUGUUUACCUCCAGAUCUUUCUCAGUCAGUCUUUGGAGCCCAGUUUUCUUUCUGCUAUCAGAAAAUCAAAAGAAUACUUUUAUCUGGUUCCUUUGGAAAAGAUUGACAGAAUGAUUGAACAGAAGUUAGAGCAGAUGGACCGUAUUGUCCACUGGAAACCAAAGUUUAGGGAGUGUAUGCGAAUGAAACCACAGAUGAGAGAAAUAAACAGACCCAAUUUAAAGCAGUCAUGUCAGGCUUGUGAAAAUUCAUCUCCACCCACAAUCAAGUCCGUUCUUUUCCAUGGGGCUCCAUAUGAUCGCUUUCUUCUCUCAGAGCUUCCAGACUCAGAGAAUUCUUCAUCUUCUAUGGAAUUUUUCGUGGGGAAGACGGCUGCCCCUUUCAUUACACAGUAUCACAGUUUACACCAUUUCAAGUAUCGCUUGUACCAACGGUGUCGUGCAAAGGUACACAUGGUACGUGAAAGCAACAAAAGUCAGAACAUCAAGGAUGAAAGUAUCUUAGACCAGUGUUUGCAGAACAGGGCAUGGGUCUUGAAGAUAUUUGAGGACUUUAAGAGUCUGCUGGAACGAUGACGAGACAGGAAGAGUGGAGAUAUGAACUGUGAAACAAGAGUCAGCUAGGCUUCACACCAUGUCAGUGCAGGAGUGAGCCUGGCGGUGGCCAUGCAGGAGAAGUGCUGCCGUUGUCACAUUUCAUAAUCUCAUCGGUAAUUCACCCAGCUAUGUCAGGGGCUGCAAACACUGGCAAGAUUGUCAGUCUAUUAGUUCAAAACUGUUUUUUCAUAAGAAAAAGAAGAAACUGUGUUCACAUUGCGUGCUCCCCCUGCCCCAUUUCUUGCAUGGGUGUAUUGAAUGAGAUGAUUUUCUACUGGUGCAUGUGUAUAAUGCCAAGUUUUCUCAAUCAGGUCAGAUGGCUUUUAAAGGUCCACAUUCGGACACAAGAUAUUCUGCAGGGAGAAGAGAUGUAAUGGUACAUAUGGUGUGGUGAAGGUCUUGUGAAUAUUGUGCCCGGGCUCAGCAUAGUUAUAGAUAUUUUUGUAAAAAAAAAAUAAAGAAAAGGUGGACAGUGUUUAUAUUUGAGUAAUGAGGCUUUAAUGCUGAAAAAAGGAAAUGCAGAGAAGAAUCCUGAAUGAGUGUUAACAGUCCAUUUCUGCUUCAGUUCUUCUCCGUUUUAUGGACAGUUUUUACACGCUAAGCAGAUCUUGUGUCGUUUUUUAUCAGCCUUGAUUGAAAGGCAAGAGACUGGCAGUGUGGCUGUACAAUUUUAAGUGUGAGGAAUGAGAAGGGACUUUGUCAUGUCAGUCCUUCACUCUAGACAAAUUCGGAGCCACGCUAUGUAAGUUGUUAAAGUGUACAUAGCAGCUUAGCUGUAGAUAUAUAUAGAAAAUGUUUUGUCCACUGUAUUUAUUCUAAAAUUGCUGUCUAGUAAUGAUGUUGGCCAUUUGAUUCAUAUUGUUUACAGCUUCUCUCUUUAUUGGGAGAUUUAACAUUGUAUUUGAAAAUACAAAAUAGCUUUUUUUUUUCCUUGUCUCUCUAUUGUUUUCUCUUAUAUGUUUCCUUCCUUUACAGAAAUUUGGCUGUGGCAAAUGUUUUGAAGGUGCAAGAGAAAUCUCUCAUUUUUCUAGGAUUGAGUGUUUGUGAUGAGACAAAGUGUGUGGUUGUUACAACUGAUAGGCAAGCAUUUUGUAUAAAAUACUGUCAACAAGUGUGUUCAAAAUUUAUGUAUAUGUAUGUGUGUGUAGCACCAAGAAAUGAAACAAAGCAUAUUUGUCAGAUUUGUUGGCUCUGGCAAACUAGAUUUCUCUGGUAAAGGUAGCCAUCGAGCCCAUGGACACCAAGGCAUGCCUUUGGAGACCAAGUAAAAGUAGAAGCUGUUGUAAAAGAAGUUGUAAUAUCUAAUGGUGGUAGAUGGAAAAUUGAGUUUAAUCACUUUUAUUCCACCUAAAAAUUUUAUUCUUAUCAGAAUUCUCUUUUUAAAAAAAACAACCAAUAUAUCAGAAUCAGAUUUUCACGUUGAGUGAACUACAGCCAUGUUUGUUUUUGUCAGUAGUGACGGCUAUUUUUAUUUUCUCAGAUGGUCUAGAUGCAUUUUUAAGUAUGGCUGAGCCCUGUGCCACAUGUGAAAGAAAUGUAGUGGGUGAAAAGUGAAGAUGUGUUUGUAGGUUGAGUGGAUUUAACGUGCACCUGCUGAACAUCAACUCAUAGAAUCUGUUGGCAGUUAUUCAUGUGGGAUAGACACAGCUUGUCUGACACCUUAGCAGCUGGCUGUUGGAAUGGGUCUAACCACUUCAGAUCAUCAUAGUCCUAUUCAGUUUCAGGUGGAUAGCUGCCAAAAGAUGGAUGAAGUCUGCAGAAAAGCUGCUUUCUUUUCUGUUUGCUGUUACGCAAUUCACAUUUUGUGCUUACAGUCCCUUGGCAGUUUUUCUUUCUGUUCCCAUCCUUGAUCUCUCCAGAGUUAUUAGAAUUAGACUUUUGCAUAUUUGAAGUAAAGACAUGCCUUUCCACCCAUCAGUCUAAACCAUAUUUCAAAAAGCUUUUAAAUCCAGCAGUUGUACAAGGUGAAUACUGGACAGAACAUUCAGUUGACUCGUCAGCAGACAAUGUGCUAAUCAGCUCGUAAAGUCUCGGAAUUAUAUUUGGAAGACCAUAAAUUUUAACCAAAUGCUCACAGAUUUUUAAACCAUCAUGUGAAAAAUCCAGCAUAUUACUUUCUGACAGUGUAUUGGUUCACUGUUCAUCUGACCUUUGUUAAUGUUUUUGUUGAGUACUUUGUUCUUGAAGUAGAGUGGUCCUCAUCUUUUUGAUUUUUGAGUUGUUGAUUCUGUUAAAGUAAUUGCAGUGGCACCAAAUAUUUGUUGAGAAGAAUAUAUUUCUAAUAUUCUUUGGUUCAUCACAUUUGAUUAUUGUUAUUAUUGAUGGUGGUGGGUGGAUGGGAAAUCAUUGUCAGCAGGUCUGAUAAGUCUUCUUACAUACUUGUGACUAAUGCAGCUUUGUAAGCUUCUGAUUUGCUGCUUGUCUGAAGGAGCUUAAAGAUGAGUAGUUUUAUAUUUCACCCUUCGUUUCUCUGUCUUGUCCCUCUUUUACUUUAUACCAUCUCUGAGAAGCACAAAGUCAACCAAAGUGCACAAUUUUUGCAUGUGACAAAGUAGAAAGGGAAAGCUUUUGAUCUUAUUUUUGGUUGACUUUGAAUUUGUUAGCAGUUGAUAAGUGUGUUAACACUGUCCACAUUACCAAAACUGUUAUUGAUGUUAAGCUGGUGGAUUUACUUUCCUAAGCUAUACUUGUGUUUCAAGUUUUGCAAGUUCAAGAGAAAAUGUUUUGGCUGUAUGGUUUGCAUUUUUCAGAUUUUCGUGAGAAAUCUAGUCUGUCUCGCUCUCAGAUAAUGUGAUCUUACCUGCUAAAUACAAGCAGCAUGAACACUGUGCGAGGCAUCCUUGAGGCGCAUCCAAAGCCUUUAUGUAAAAAGGAAGUAACUAAAAAUUAUGUACAGGUUUAUAAUUUGUGAACAGUUGUCAGUUGUCUUGCUAUGGCAAAAUGCACCAUGUCAGCUAACAUGUAUUUAACGAAGACAGUUUUUGGAUGGGCUAUUUUGCUGGCCAAGAUAAGGUGAGCAUAUCAGAAAGUAUGCUUGGUGCGUUUGUUUUGCUUUUUUUGUGAGUUGUGGGUGCCUAUUGCUGGCUAUCCACUUAUGUAUGGAAAAAUGUAGGUGUGUAACUGCUGUGCUGCAGAGGCUGGAGAACGCUGUAGGCUUAGACAUCAAAGAGUAACAUUUUUAACUGCACUUACAGAAAAAUUGAAUGAGCUUUGGCACUUGUUUUGUCUGCUUGCAAGUCACCUUUUUGCUACAAAUACUGCUGCUAUCCAUAACAUAUCUAUAUUUAGGCUACAGUACUGAAUGUUCUUUCACAGAUGCUUCUGUCCUUCAUUCAGCAUUUUAGAGAAUAAAGUUGUUCCUUCUUGCCUUCAUUUGCAGGCAGGCACUCAUUGUUGAGUCAGAACAUGUUUUCUGUGACAUAAUCUGAGCGUGAGGGAUUGCACAUUUUUAAGCUCUGGUUUUAAUUUUCUAGUUUUAUGUUGGCUAUACAAAUAAGGGUGCAUUCACAUUUCUUCUCGAUAGGUACAGCACAUUUUUGUUAUCCCCCUUUUGCUGUAACACUUCCUGGAAAAAAUAAUAAAAUUGUAGCAUAGCAUAACAGUAUUGGCAUGAUCACAACUAUGAUUUUUGAAAUCUGACUUUAAAAAUAUACUUCUGAUUCAUUCUUCUAUGAUAAAAGGUUGAUAUUCUAUAAAUGUAAAUCCAUUCUUUUAUAAAGAAAAAACAGCUCUAAAGAUUUAUAAAAUUGGCCAUUUUUAUAGCAGUUUACCAUUUGUGUAGCAUGUUUGCCUAUAUAUAAGUGCAAGAUAUGUUUGUUUUAAUGGUGUCUAUAUGAAUUUCCCUCCUCUAUAUUUGGUUGUGGUUGAGGUUGUUUAAUGUUGCUUAAAGCAUUAGGUUCAUGUGUUUUAUCAUUUUUUAGUGGCAUAUGAUCAUGAUGCGGUGGAUCACAGCUUUAUAAAGAAGAGUAGCCAUGUGCAUGAACAUAGAGAACUGACAGUAUAAGUCAUGACUGUAAAAUGAUGGAAAAAAUAUGAAUAAAUCGCAGUUAGAUGUGCCCCUUGGCAGUGUGGCCGUGUUUCAGUCUAUUAAAGAUUCUUUAUUCCAACAGUGGAAAAGUUGUCAGUAUUGGGGCAUAAAAGGAAGACUAGAAUGAUCAUCAAAUCACAUAAACCAUAACUUUGUGAUUGAAGUAGUGACACUAAAAAAAUAUAUUCCUAACAGGAGAGAUGCAUCAGUAUGUAGCAGAUGCCAGUAUGUCACAGGUUAAUAAAUCAUAACUACACCCAUGUGCCACAACUGUAUUGAUACAUUGUUGCUGUGGAAUUUUAUUAGUAGCUCCACACUCUAACUAUAGAGGUGCAAAGCACUUCUUCAAUUUAAAACAUUUUGGAGAGGGCACAAGGAAAUAGGAAUGAAGAGAGCUAGGUGUGUGAUGACAUGUGAAACACAGUCUUUUUACCAUACCUAGGAUGAAUGACUUGCGAAGCCUGCUUUAAGCUUGGCUUAAGAUUUGUGCUAUUCUUCUCUGUGAAAAUGCAUUUGGUGGCAAAGUUGUGGGUAGUUGAAAGAUGCUACAGGAUGCCAUGUAGGGGUGAAAGCCCUAGUUGUGUAAACCACACCUUAAGUCUGGGAUAGCUGAAUAUGUGGUUUAUUUUUAGCAAUAAAUGUUCUAAGUGCUUCAUAGCGACUUUGUGGGUACACAUUUCCUUUCCCAUUUGUAUUUUUCAUACAGCAAAUCAUUUAGAAGUUAACCUGAUUGAAACCUGAAAGUUCAAAAUUGCAAGUUAGUAGAACAUGUAGCUGUUAGUACUUAAAACAAAUAUAGUGAAGUUUUAAUUUUCAUUUUUAUAAAAGCAUGUGAAUUGACCUGAAUUCAUGUUUCUGGUUUCACUUAAAUCUGCAGCCAAUGCCCAGACCUUUAGACAUGCUAAUGAGACAGAUUGAUGAUAUUUGUGAUGUCAUGGGAAAUGGGGUCAUGACCCCUUUAUUUUAAAAAAAAACCUGGUGAGAACUGCAAUGUUCAAAGGCUUGUAUAUGGUGGACAGAUCAUAAUUUUUCAUUCAAAUUUUGGUAAUUAGUAUUUUUUUAAAUAAACCAAACAUACUUAAAAUAUUUUUGCUUAGGUUUGAUUUUUGUAAUUUUAUUGCUGCCAACAUGCAGCAGCAGUGCCCUGUCAUUGAACUCCUGUGUUUUCCAGUAACAGGCUGCAUUGGAUAGGGCUAGGGACAAUUAGAAAAGCUACAGACAUCAAAAGCUUUGUGAAUAUGAACAAAAUGUGAUUUUUUGCUUUGUUUAUCAUUCAGUUAUCUUGCCCUGGCACAAGUAGGCCUCUGCGAAGUGUGGUACCUUUCAGAAAAAAGUGUUUUUCUUAGAGAAUUUGUUUUCUUCUCCAAGGUCUUGGUAAAUGCUUUAUUAAUAAUUGUUUUUAAUCUGCAUUUGUUUCUGGAAGAACAUUUGCCUCUCCCAGUAGAUCUGUUGCUUCACUGAUCAUGCUUUAUUUCUUGUCAUUAUUCAUUGGUGAUCUAAAACACUUGCAAUUUAAGGGUAAACAGCAUUGGCAUAUAGCCGCAUCUGCUCUUUCAAAAACAUAUUUUGCACAUUGUCAUGGUGAUGAGAUUACUGUCGUGCAUUUAGUAAACAGGUCCCUCAAUCAUGCACAGUAUAUUUCUGAAGGAUGAAUGUUUCCAAUGUGGCAGCACCAUUUUGAAUUCAGAUGUGCGGGUCAUCAUUAUUUGAAAAUACUUUGUGCUUGUAUUUGCAUACAUAGGUAUUUCACGGUAAAAUUUAGUUCAAGUGAGGAUAUAUUUGUGUUUGUGUAUGAUACAUGUUCAUGUUUGCUGUACACAAUGGUGUGCUUAAGUUUCCAAAUGUAAAUCUUCAGCCUGUUAGUGGUUAAACAGAGGGUGACUGGUUGGGUGGUUGAUUAAUGAAGGAUAUAUGUAUAUGACUGCUGAAUAUUAAAUGGUGAUAUAAAUAAGUUUAUAUGUAUGCAUAUUCGCUUUUUAACCCCAUUUUCUGUUGGUUCUCCUUAAAAGUGGUGCAGUUUUGCUAAAAAUAUAUAUAUAGAGACACUGGAGGCAUUUUUUCAAGUGUGUGUUGUUGAAAUUAUUAAAAUGUAUUUUAUGGCAUCUUACGAUAGAGCUGUUUGCUUAAAAGUCUGCAUAUUACUUUAUAUUUUUAUUCACUUCAAUUCAGUCAUGUUCCUGAAGUGUUCGUCCAAUGAUUUCAUGAAACUGUAAACGAUAUGAAGUCACCCUAGCAGCAGGGUAGAGUAAAGACGAGUGCAAGCUGCUUGCCAUGUAUGCAGUAGUUGUGGCUGUAGUGGUUAGCGUCAGUCUGUAGCUGAACUAAACAGUUUAGAUAUGCCAUGUAGUUUUUCCCCCUCUUUUGGUGUACUGUUGUUUGUUUUUUUUAUACAAAAGGUGAAAAUGAGCUAAGGGCCAUACAAAGAUUUAUAUUACCAAUUCUGUGUCUAACCACAAUAGGGGGUUACAUGUGAGAGUGAAAUAAAGUGAUUAUGAAGCAAAA